UCUUGGUGCAUUUUUGGAUGAAGCCAUUAAAUUAAUUGCUUGCCAUCAUGAGCAGAAGCAAACGUGACAACAAUUUUUAUAGUGUAGAGAUCGGAGAUUCUACAUUCACAGUCCUGAAACGAUAUCAGAACCUAAAACCUAUAGGCUCUGGAGCGCAAGGAAUAGUAUGCGCAGCUUAUGAUGCCAUCCUUGAAAGAAAUGUUGCAAUCAAGAAGCUAAGCCGACCAUUUCAGAAUCAAACACAUGCUAAGCGGGCCUACAGAGAGCUAGUCCUUAUGAAAUGUGUUAAUCACAAAAAUAUAAUUGGCCUUUUGAAUGUUUUCACACCACAGAAGUCCCUAGAAGAAUUUCAAGAUGUUUACAUAGUCAUGGAGCUCAUGGAUGCAAAUCUUUGCCAAGUGAUUCAGAUGGAGCUGGAUCAUGAAAGAAUGUCCUACCUUCUCUAUCAGAUGCUGUGUGGAAUCAAGCACCUUCACUCUGCUGGGAUUAUUCAUCGGGACUUAAAGCCCAGCAACAUAGUAGUAAAGUCAGACUGCACUUUGAAGAUCCUUGACUUCGGGCUGGCCAGGACAGCGGGGACCAGCUUCAUGAUGACGCCUUACGUAGUGACUCGCUACUACCGAGCGCCCGAGGUCAUCCUCGGCAUGGGCUACAAGGAGAACGUUGACAUUUGGUCAGUUGGGUGCAUCAUGGGAGAAAUGAUCAAAGGUGGUGUUUUGUUCCCAGGUACAGAUCAUAUUGAUCAGUGGAAUAAAGUUAUUGAGCAGCUUGGAACACCAUGUCCUGAAUUCAUGAAGAAACUGCAGCCAACAGUAAGGACUUACGUUGAAAACAGACCUAAGUAUGCGGGCUAUAGCUUCGAGAAGCUCUUCCCUGACGUACUUUUCCCAGCUGACUCAGAGCACAACAAACUUAAAGCCAGUCAGGCAAGAGAUUUACUAUCCAAAAUGCUGGUAAUAGAUGCGUCUAAAAGGAUCUCUGUAGACGAAGCUCUCCAGCACCCGUAUAUCAAUGUCUGGUAUGACCCUUCCGAAGCAGAAGCUCCACCACCAAAGAUACCUGACAAGCAGUUAGAUGAAAGGGAACACACGAUAGAAGAGUGGAAAGAAUUGAUAUACAAGGAAGUGAUGGACUUGGAGGAGAGAACCAAGAACGGAGUUAUACGGGGGCAGCCUUCUCCUUUAGGUGCAGCAGUGACCAGCGGCCCUCAGCACCCGUCGUCGUCCUCGUCUGUCAAUGAUGUGUCCUCAAUGUCGACAGAUCCGACCUUGGCCUCGGAUACGGACAGCAGUCUGGAAGCAUCCGCCGGACCUCUGGGCUGCUGUAGAUGACUACUUGGGCCUUGGGGGGGAGGGAGGGGAGGGGAGUCGGUUAGUCAUUGAUAGAACUACUUUGAAAACAAUUCAGUGGUCUUAUUUUUGAGUGAUUUUUCAAAAAAUGUAGAAUUCAUUUUGUAGUAAAGUAGUUUAUUUUUUUUAAUUUCAAGUGAUGUAAUUUAAAACCUAAGUUGUGUUAAAAGAAACAGCAACAAAACUGUAUUGUAUUUUUUGCUGUAAUUAACUGUAUAAUGUAAACCUAAUUAUUUUAUCAUGGUUUAAAUUUUUGCAUAUUUGCUUUAUCUUAUGCUGCUGAUUUUUUUUUUUUACUGAAUUUGUAAGAUUUUGUUUAUCAAAGCAACUAUUAUGUGGUGACUUGCCUAUAUCAUGAAUUAUUUAAGAUUUUUAUAGUUUUUUUAUUAGAAUUUAUUUCAGAUGUUUUGUUCAUGAUACUAUCCUUCAGGGUUAUGUGCUUAUCAAUGAAAUAACCCCAGAGGAAUGAGGGAAAAUAACCUGUAGCCAGUUAUAUUCAGGAAUAACUACUGUAAAUGAUGAACGUGUGAAGAGGCCUCCAAUAUUCGCUACUUGCCAGUCCUCGCGUAUGCAGCAGUUGGUAGCAGCCCUGCCCGGGUUGUGGCAAAAGCCCCGCCGUCUACAUGGCAGAGGGACUCGAAGUAUGUUUCUGAAAAUGCUGGGCCUCUGCCACCUCCUCCUUACCCCCACCCAACAGAACUCAAGUGAAAAGAAUGGUGUAUUCUAAAGGUGUGCGGCAUGCUCAGAACUACGAUCACAUAAAGUCAAGAGGACACUUCAUGAAUAAUACAUUUCAAUGCAAAUAAACAGAUGGUUCACUUCUA